GCUUCAAUGCGACGCCUCCUAGCACCGCCCAAAGAAACCGCGGGGAAAGAGCUUCUUUCCUCGUCCUCCCCCGCCAACGUAGCUGACGGCCGAUCGGUCUCCAAGGUAACGACGCAGGCGUCGAGGGAAGGGGAUGCCGCUUGCUCUUCCAAGGCCUAUCCAAGGAGUCCCUCUCUUUUCCGUUCCUUCGCAUAUUCUUCAGAAAUAUUGGUACUGACUGUGCCAUUCAAUCCAAAUAUGGGAUUAUUUGACAAACUAGCAGGUUGGCUUGGCUUGAAGAAGAAAGAAGUUCAUGUUUUGUGCCUUGGAUUGGACAAUAGCGGUAAAACUACUAUCAUCAAUAAACUGAAACCAUCUAAUGCUCAAACUCAAGAUAUCGUUCCCACAAUAGGAUUCAGUAUUGAGAAAUUCAAGACAUCCAGUUUGUCAUUUACUGUGUUCGAUAUGUCUGGACAAGGUAGAUACAGAAAUCUCUGGGAACACUACUACAAAGAAGGCCAGGCUAUUAUUUUUGUCAUUGAUAGUAGUGACAAACUCAGAAUGGUUGUAGCCAAAGAAGAACUUGACACCCUUCUGAAUCAUCCAGAUAUUAAACAUCGGCGAAUACCAAUUUUGUUCUUUGCAAACAAGAUGGAUCUCAGGGAUGCUGUGUCUUCAGUAAAAGUCUCUCAGUUAUUAUCCUUAGAGAAUAUCAAAGACAAGCCAUGGCAUAUCUGUGCUAGUGAUGCUCUUAAAGGAGAAGGAUUGCAGGAAGGUGUAGACUGGCUUCAGGAUCAGAUUCAGGCAAUGAAGACAUGAAAAGUCAAUAAGCUCUGAAAUUAUUGUUAAAAGACCAUUUGUGGAUGUAUAUGACAAGCCUUGAAGAUAAAGACUUUUUUUAGGUCUGUUUACAGCAGUACAUUUUAUCUAUUCCUUCUUUUUGGCUUAAAAAAAAGCCAGACUUUUUAAAAAGGUCAUAUAUGAACAUUCAUGACACAGGCCAACCAUUUCUGUAUGGUUAGACAGAACAUUAAAAUCACUGUAUACUUGGUUGUGUUUUGGAGUUGGUGCCCAAAAACAGA